AGCUCAUUUCAGCUCCGAAAAUCCUUUUUCUUUUUUUUUUUUUUAAUUUGCCUUUAUUUCUGGAUCUGGAAUCCUCGCCGGGGUCAAGCAUGUCUUCAACGUCUUCGUAUUGGUGUUACAGCUGCACCCGUCUGGUUCGUGUGGUGGUUUUGGAUAGCGGGUCAAACGACGCGGUUGUCUGCCCGUACUGCGACGGAGGCUUCAUCGAGGAGAUCGAAUCUUCGGACAAUCACAACCGUCGGUUUCCAGCUAUGUACAUGAUCACCAGCAACGAUAAUAGCCGUCAAAAUUCGAAUCGGGCGCGAAAUCUCGUCUUUCGUAGGAAUCGUCGCGGUUCUGUUGACCGGUCAAACAUCAAUCCGAUCAUCGUCCUCCGUGGCUCCACCGACGACGAGAACGGCUCCACCAACGGGAUCAGCAACAGCGGGUUUGGGUUCUUCUAUGAUGACGGAUCUGGGUCCGGUUUAAGACCCAUACCGACUUCGAUGUCCGAAUCUCUAAUGGGUUUGGGUUUCGACCGGUUAUUGGAACAGCUUUCCCAGAUCGAAAUAACCGGACUGGGUCAACCCGAGAACCCGCCGGCUUCGAAAUCGGCAAUCGAAUCAAUGCCGACGAUUCAAAUAGAAAAAGCCCAUGUUUGUUCGGAAACCCACUGCGCCGUUUGUAAAGAACCUUUCGAGCUCGGGUCGGAAGCGAGGGAGAUGCCGUGCAAGCAUAUUUACCAUGAAGAUUGUAUCAUCCCAUGGCUGGCGCUUCGGAACUCGUGCCCACUUUGCCGCCACGAAUUGCCGUCGGAUCGGAGCGAGUCGAACGACGAGGCAUCAGAGACGGUGGGGCUGAGCAUAUGGAGGUUACCGGGUGGGGUUUUCGCGGUGGGAAGGUUCAGGGGAGAAAGGGAAGUGCCGGUAGUAUACACGGAGAUGGACGGUGGGUUUGGGGAAUCGGGAUCGGAAUCGGGUUCGGGUCAUGGAGCAGCGAGGAGGGUAUCGUGGGUCGGGGUAAGAAGAAGAGAGAAUGGAUUCAGGAGAGUUGUUAGAAAUGUGACGUCGUUUUUGAGGGGGUUGAGGUCUCAGCCGUCUCAUCGUGGAAAUGAAGAAUCCGGUGGUUUGACUAGAAGUGGUUCAACGUCUAUGUUUCGUAGGUUUACAAGAAGCUUAAGCUCAAGCUCCAACUCUGUUUUGUAAUAACAAUAAUUUUUUUAUUUAGAUUAAUUACAUAAAAGAAAGAGAAAGCCAAGUAUUUUUUUUUCCUUCCAAAUUUUUUUAUGGGGUUUUAUGAAAAGAAAUGUGUUCUUUGAUUAUUGUAAAUACCAUUUAAUUGCCUAGAAUUGGAGUCUCUGAUUUCAGGUUGCAA